CUAAAACCGCGCUCGCUUUUAAAGUUUCAUACUCUAUCCUCGUGAACUGUCUCCCGUUUCGACCCCGACAGACGACUUCGGCUGCGUUAUUUGUUGGAUCUAUUUUCUUUUGGGGAUGGCUGUGCUGCGCCUUUUUCUCCUUCGCUCCGCCAUCUUGAAUUGUAAUGUUAGUUUCUGAAAAAAAAAAAAAUUGUGUUUCCUGUGAUAUUUUUUGUUUAGGGUGUCGUGCCAAAUUUGGAUGAGUUUGAAGGAGUUUGAUUUCGUGAUUGUUUUCACAAAAUCACAUUUGUUUCAAACUCUAGACCCCAGUCUUCCCCACUCAAGAGUGUUUCUUCAUUUCGGAGACUAAAUGCAACUGGACCAGGGGGAUUGUGGACAUGAAGUGGCUAGGCGAAUCCAAGAACAUGGUAUUAAAUGGCAGACGACACGGAAACAAGUUGACCAGCGAGCAACAUGUGAGCCAGACUCGCUCCCAGCACUCACAGCGAGUGUCCCUGCGACACAGCAAAAACAGAAGUCGGAGGUGUAGCCGCAGGUUUAUUGCAGCCAGCCUGGAGGCAGAGAGGCGCUGUGUGCCCUCGUCAGGAAUGACUGCCAAGGAGUUGUGUGAGAAUGAUGACCUGACCACAAGCCUCAUCCUGGAUCCAUACCUGGGUUUUCAAACUCACAAAAUGAACACCAGAUUUCGACCAAUUAAGGGAAGGCAAGAAGAGCUUAAGGACAUCAUCGAGCGCUUCAAGAAACACGACAACUUGGAGAAAGCUUUCAGAGCUUUGACGACCGGAGACUGGUCUCGAAAUCAAUUUCUCCACAAGACGAAAGCUCAAGAAAAGCUCUUCAAGCAACAUGUAUUUGUGUAUCUGCGGAUGUUUGCCACAGACAGCGGGUUUGAGAUUCUCCCUUGUAAUCGCUAUUCAUCAGAGCAAAAUGGAGCUAAAAUUGUGGCAACAAAGGAAUGGAAGAGAAAUGACAAGAUCGAGUACCUGGUGGGAUGCAUUGCCGAGCUUUCAGAGAGUGAGGAAAACAUGCUGCUCCGGCACGGGGAGAAUGACUUCAGCGUCAUGUAUUCAACCCGUAAGAACUGUGCGCAGCUCUGGCUGGGACCAGCUGCGUUCAUCAAUCACGAUUGUCGACCAAACUGCAAGUUUGUAUCGACAGGACGGGACACAGCCUGUGUGAAGGUUUUGAGGGACAUUGAACCAGGAGAGGAAAUCUCUUGUUACUACGGAGACGGGUUUUUUGGGGAAAACAAUGAAUAUUGUGAAUGCUAUACAUGUGAACGACGGGGCACUGGUGCUUUCAAAUCCAAAGCUGGGCUGCCAGUGGAGGUGCCGGUAAUCAACAGCAAGUACGGGUUGCGGGAGACGGACAAGCGUCUCAACAGGCUGAAGAAGCUGGGGGAAGGAAACAGGAGCUCAGAUAGUCACUCUGUAGGCUCUCACACCGAUGUUGACUCUCAGGAAAUGCCAAAAACACAUCAAUCUGCCAGAAAAAGAACAUCAUCUUCUGGCCUGAAGUAUAAAAACAGGACUCAAUCCAGACAGACUUUGUCAAGAGCCCUUACUACCUCAUGUUCAAAACAAGGUCGUGUAAACAAUAACAGGGUACCAAAGAGACUAAAAUCCCAAUCCAAACCUUCACUAAGUAAAGUCCAGUUGCGGAGUCGCAGAAGGGGUGCAGAGCCCAAGGCGUUGGCCAAAGGAGAGACUUGCCAGCUGGGUCUCAGGGACUCAAAGGUGUCGCUGUGUAAAGGCGUCACCGUGAAGAAGGAGAAGGAUGGACAGGAGCUGGUGCAGCAGACAUUGGGCCAGCGGGGCUGCCUCACCCGUCAUGCUGCCAAGGAAAAUGGCAAUCUACAACAUGUGCAAGGUAGUGAGGGCAGUCAGUGUUCGACGUACAGAACUCGCAGGUCCACAAGGACCCUGGUAACAGCCCAGGAAGCUGCAGCUGGUGUUAAGCUAGAGCCCAGUGCUAUGGACGGCUUGAGCCCAGUCCCUGGUGGAGUGGUCAUUAAAACAGAGCCAGCUGACAUGGAGUACCACCUCCACCAUGGGGUAGGACAUGAGCAGCCAUCGUUAGACUCUGGCUAUGCCAGAACAGGCUCAUGCACCAGGCGGAAACGGCCAACACGAACAAUUAAAUGUGAAGACUCGUACGACGAGCCGUUCAUGCCGGUGGCUGCUAGUCACAACACUAACUUCUCUGACUGUGGGAAUAUGGUGUUGAGCUUCGCCGACCGGCAUAGGGACUACAACGGGGUUUCGAACGGCAGCAAAUCCCUUCGCAGGGACAAGGGCAAGAGUAGCUGUCGGUCACAGGACAAAGUGAAAAAGAAGCGUCAGAUCACGCGAUAUGACGCCCAGCUGAUCCUGGAGAACAGCACAGGUAUCCCCAAACUGACGCUCCGCCGGCGGAGGGACAGCAGCAGUAGCAAGACCAACGACACCAAGGACCCCAUUGGCUCCUCCAACCUCUCUGCCUCUUCGGUCAACUCGGCCUCUUCCAGCAAAAUCAGCAUCAAGUUCAGCAAGGACCAUGACAAGGACAAAGGCAGCUCAUACAUAGCCAAACUAAAUAACGGAUUUUCCCCCGGGGUCCAUAGCAACUCCACCAAGCUGAAGUUCCAGCUGAAGAGGGAGGACGAUGCACGGAGGAUAUCCCAGACCAAGGCGGACCAGAUGUCCUUUAACGGGGACAUGGGCCAGAGUCUGGACUCCAGGAAUGGUGGACAUCGGACCCAAAAGGUCAUGGCUGAGCCCUCCUCAUCGUCGUCCUCAUCGUCAUCUUCAGAGGAGGACACGGACGACGAGGAAGAGGAGGAUGACGAUGACUACUUCGACAAUGAGUUCGAAGACGAUUUCAUUCCACUUCCUCCAGCGAAGCGCCUCCGACUCAUUGUGGGUAAAGACUCGAUAGACAUCGAUAUCUCCUCCAGGAGGAGAGAGGAUCAGUCCCUGAGGCUCAAUGCAUAAGCUGUGGAGCUCAUCACUCCCACCUUUCCCCUGUAAAUAAAGAUGAUUCGCUAAUCAACUGUUGUGUUGAUGUAAAAGAAGUACAGUAAUUUAAAGAAAAAAGAAAUUGCUGAAAAGUUAAACAUUUGAAUGAACGUUACUAAAAGGUGCUGUUGACUUAAAACAAAUGUCUGUUAUUCACCUAUGUUUAUAAUUUUGUUUCAAUUUGAGUUUUUUUUUUUUUUAAAGCAAAUACUCAAAUUAAGAAAAAGUUUAAUCACCAACUCCAUUUUCCUGCAUUUUGGCCCUGUCUACACGAAUAGAGAUAAUUUUGAAAACUGAUAUUUUUGCUCACGUUUUGGUCUCCUCCCCAUACAAACAGAAUUUUCAGUCACCUAAACAGAGAUUUUCAAAAACUGUGGUUACUGUGUAUCCGUGUAAAACGUAGUGUUUGAGAAAUAAAGCUUUGUGUAAUGAGCAUGCGCGUGAAACAAUGGCGGACUAACUGUCGGCUUUUGUAAAGUAACACUAGGCAGCAAACCCACCUCAUCUGGCAUCCACAUGUUUUACAUUCACAAGACAAACUCGCUGCUCAUUCUCCGAAUCUUCUUACCUUGUAUUCGACGCAUCGUUGACAUGGCGCCACCUAUUGGUCCGACAAAUAUUUGGAGUUGGUUUGCGGAGGAGAUAGUUAGGGAUAGUUUUUAUUUUUUAAAUGUAUUCGUAUAUACGUGUAUACGGAGCCAAAUAUUUGCAUUCUGCUCUAAAUGAAAAGGGCAGGAAGUGGUCCUCUUUAUUGUUUCUGAAUAAUCUGGCUUCAUCCUAAGUGAAAAAAAAGCAUUUGUUUUAAGUUCAACUCUUCCUUUAAGUGAAUGCACUUGUUAUAUUCAUAAUGGACAUGGAUAUUGUAGAAAGUGUACAGUAUGUUGACUAUCCCCCUCUGUCUCAUAGGCAGGUUUUUAUUGAGCUUUUGAUUUCUGUCUCAUAGUUUGUAAUCUUUUGUGUGGUGAACCAUGCAGUGUGUCGUGGAUUCUCCGGAGGCAUUAUAAGAACAGUCAGUCCGUUCAUUUGGAUUCAGGUGCCAUGUUCUCAUUAUCCCAGUAGUUCUCCUGGUUUAAAGAACCACUUGAAUUUCAUGAAUUAUCAACAUUAUUUACUGUGUAAGUUAAUCACGUGUCUCUCUGUAGAGUUCAAUCAUGCAAUUUUAAACCUUUAAACAAAUCUGUGCUAUCAUGUUUUUCACCAUAGAAAGAGAAGCAAACUGUUUUAUAUAUGUUAUUAACAUGCAUCAAAAUGUGCUACAGACCACUUUGCAGUAACAUUAUGCAUGUGUGUUUAGUUUGCCUGCAGUUGUCGCACAUUCACGACACAAACGAUACGAUGGAGUUGCACAAUGUUUUCUUUUCCAGUGAAUCGACUCCACGGCGCUGUAAAUAAAGUCAAUUAAGCUGCAGAAUUCAAAGAAAUAAAAGCACACCGUUUUUUAUAAUCA